GAGGAGAGAGAAAAAGGGCGAGGCAGAGGGAAGAGAAAGAGCGCGGGCGCGCGAGAGGGAGAGAGCGAGAGAGAAAAAGAGAUCGGUCCUUAUUUUAGGGCAAGUGCCUCUGCUGGAUCGGAGUGCUGAGGGCAGUCUUUCAUCUCUCUCUAUCUCUAACCGAUUGCGUUCGGUUUCCUUCUUCCCCGUCACCGUCAAUCCUUCGUGUCUCGUGUCUGAAUCUUCCUCUCCUUCUCCCUCUCUAAACUGGAAAUCUAUAUAGACAGCCUGAUCAGGUUUUGGUCAUCGCUGUCAGGCGAUUGCUCUUCAUUUUUCGAUAUAUUGGAUAUACGGAAACCUGGAUCAGAGAAUCUCCCUGUUUCUUGGUUCUUGAAACCGGAGAAGUCGGAAAAAUUCCGAUAAGUUUAGUGGCCGACGCAAUUUAGGUAGAUAACCGGGAGUUUGUCUCGUGGCUAUUGAACGAACUCUGCGGUUUUUGAUAGUUUUCGAGAUUUUGAUGAUUUUGGAUGAAGCUUGUUGCUCUACGGGUGCGCCUGGGGCGUCCGAUUUGACGUUGAUUGAUUCAUGAAGGAGUCGGUGGAGAAUUUGUGAUCGGUGGGGGUCGAGAGGAGGAGCGCUGGGUGCGAAUCAGUCCCGCAGCAGCCCGGCGGCGAAGGCCGGCCCGGCGUUCUGGUUCUUCGUUCGACCUAAUGCUCGCCCGGCUCACCAUCAACUCCAAUUUCUCCCGCAGAUGGAUUUUGUGAGCCGGCACACUACUUCCACUGCCGACCACCAUGGUCCUCCAGCAGACUCUGCUCCUUCUUCUUCGGCACCUUCGUCUGCCACCUUAGAGGAACCUGAGUAUUUUGCGAGGUACAUGGUGGUCAAGCAUUCGUGGCGUGGAAGGUAUAAAAGGAUCAUGUGCAUUUCCAAUGUGGCCAUUAUUACUUUGGAUCCGUCCACGCUCGUGGUGACCAAUUCAUACGACCUUAUGAAUGACUAUGAUGGUGCAACUCCUCUUUUUGGGCGGGAUGAAAACUCGCAGGAAUUCUCAGUGAGUGUCCGGACCGAUGGGCGUGGCAAGUUCAAAUCCAUUAAGUUCUCCUCAAGGCUUAGGACGAGCAUUUUAACUGAGCUGCACAGAAUAAAGUGGAGCAAGAUUGGUGGACAAUCAUACAACUCUAAAGCCAUUGCUGAAUUUGCUGUACACCAUCUACGUAGAAGGAAAUCUGAUUGGGUGCCUUAUAAAAUGAGGAUUACUGCUGUGGGAGUUGAACUUAUUGAUGGACAAAAUGGAGACUUGCAUUGGUGUCUGGACUUUAGGGACAUGGAUUCGCCUGCCGUUAUACUUUUGUCUGAUGCAUAUGGGAAGAAAAGUGUUGAAGCUGCAGCUUUUGUUCUGUGUCCUCUUUAUGGUAGAAAGUGGAAAGCUUUUACAGCAGUGUCAAGCACCACAAAUACUGCGAUUGUAUCAAGUUUGACAAAGACUGCAAAAUCCAUGGUCGGGUUAGCGUUGGUUGUUGACACUUCUCAGACGUUGACGACUGCGGAGUUCCUUAAAAGAAGAGCUAAAGAAGCAGUUGGAGCUGAAGAAACUCCUUGGGGUGGUUGGUCUGUAACCAGGUUGCGAUCUGCUGCUCAUGGAACAUCAAACAUCAUGGGAUUAAGUCUAGGAAUUGGGCCUAAGGGAGGGCUUGGUGAACAUGGUGAUGCUGUGUCGAGGCAACUUAUUCUCACAAAGGCUUCUCUUGUCGAAAGACGACCAGAGAACUAUGAGGCUGUCAUUGUUCGACCUUUAUCUGCUAUCAGUUCUCUUGUCCGGUUUGCGGAAGAGCCACAGAUGUUUGCUAUUGAGUUCAAUGAUGGUUGUCCUACCCAUGUGUAUGCUAGUACCUCACGGGAUAGCCUGCUUGCUGCUGUUCGGGAUGUUCUACAAACAGAAGGACAAACGUCAGUGCCUUUAUUGCCUAGAUUAACAAUGCCUGGUCACUGCAUUGACCCUCCUUGUGGGAGAGCCUAUAUUCAGCCAUUAACAGGUGGACCACCGCGCUCUGCUCCUGAUAUGGAAGUUGCCUCCAUGCAUUUGAAACAUUUAGCUACAGCUGCCAAGGAUGCUGUAGCUGAAGGUGGCUCUGUUCCAGGUUCAAGAGCAAAGUUAUGGCGUCGUAUAAGGGAGUUUAAUGCUUGCAUAUCAUAUACUGGAGUUCCACCUAAUAUGGAUGUUCCUGAAGUUGCUUUGAUGGCUCUGAUUACUAUGUUGCCAGCAACACCUAAUCUUCCACCUGACUCCCCCCCUCCACCGCCACCUUCUCCCAAAGCAGCUGCUACUAUUAUAGGUUUCAUCUCAUGUUUGCGCAGGUUACUGGCUUCAAGAAAUGCAGCAUCACAUGUGAUGUCAUUUCCUGCUGCCGUGGGGAGAAUAAUGGGACUUCUGAGAAAUGGUUCAGAGGGUGUUGCUGCUGAGGCAGCGGGCCUUAUUGCUGUCCUCAUUGGUGGUGGACCUGGAGGAACUAAUGUCCUGACAGAUUCUAAGGGUGAACGCCAUGCAAUAUUCAUGCAUGCAAAGUCCGUGCUUUUCGGGCAUCAAAUUUAUGUCACCAUUCUUGUAAAUAGGUUGAAACCUUUUUCAGUUUCUCCAUUGUUGUCUAUGGCUGUUGUGGAAGUACUGGAGGCAAUGCUUUGUGAACCUAAUGGGGAGACCACUCAAUAUACAACAUUUGUUGAGUUGUUGCGACAAGUUGCAGGUCUGCGCCGGCGCUUAUUUGCUUUGUUUGGGCAUCCUGCUGAAAGUGUUAGAGAAACAGUUGCUGUGAUUAUGCGUACUAUUGCAGAAGAAGAUGCCAUUGCAGCGGAGUCAAUGCGUGAGGCUGCAUUGAGAGAUGGUGCUCUGGUGAGACACCUAGUGCAUGCAUUUUUUCUUCCUGCUGGUGAACGUCGUGAAGUCAGUCGACAACUUGUAGCCUUGUGGGCAGAUUCUUAUCAACCUGCUCUUGAUUUGUUAUCAAGAGUUCUUCCUCCUGGACUCGUGGCAUACUUGCACACUCGGUAUGAUGGAACAUUGCUAGAAGAUGGGCAAAUUCCUGUUGAUCAAGAUGUGCCUUCAUCUGGGAGAAGACAAAGGCGCAUACUUCAACAGAGAAGGACUAGGGGAGCUAGAGGCAUGCCUUUUCAUGAAAAUGCUUCUGCCAAUAAUGUUGAAAUUGGUGAUACUACAAGGAACAUGAUUCUUUCUGGUUCUAGACUGACAGAAAGCAUUCAGGAUUCUAGCGUUGAGGGGCAACCUGGGCUGGCUUCAGCUGCUCAGGCUUCUAUACCUUCAAGCCAAAACAUGGUUAGUGAAAAUCCUUCUGCUUCAUAUAUGGCUCCAAGCAGUGAUAAUAUGGUGCCGCCUUCAACUAUGCCCAUGCCUAAUGGACAACAAGUAUUAGAUUCAACUCUUUCCAGUUCUGUUGAAUCGGACGGAAAUACAGCUGCUUCUGUAAAUCCUGGUGUGCCUGCUCCUGCGCAGGUAGUUGUGGAGAAUACACCUGUGGGAUCUGGCAGAUUGCUUUGUAACUGGCCUGAAUUUUGGAGAGAGUUUAGUCUGGAUCACAACCGUGCUGAUCUGAUCUGGAAUGAGAGAACACGGCAAGAGUUAAGGGAAGCUCUGCAAACAGAGGUUCACACUUUGGAUGUUGAGAAGGAAAGAACUGAAGAUAUCACUCCAGGAAGCACGGUGGUAGAGGCAAUGUCUGGGCAAGAUAAUGCAUCUAGAAUAUCUUGGAAUUACACCGAGUUUUCUGUUCGUUAUCCUAGUCUAUUUAAGGAGGUUUGUGUAGGUCAAUACUAUUUGCGGCUGUUGCUUGAUAGUGGAAGCAGUGGCCGGGCACAAGAUUUCCCUUUGCGAGAUCCGGUUGCAUUCUUUAGGGCAUUGUACCAUCGUUUUCUCUGUGAUGCUGAUGAGGGACUCACUGUAGAUGGAACUGUUCCUGAUGAGUUGGGCUCAUCUGAUGACUGGUGUGACAUGGGCCGUUUAGAUGGUUUUGGGGGAGGUGGAGGGUCUUCUGUUCGAGAGCUUUGUGCAAGAGCUAUGGCGAUUGUGUAUGAGCAGCAUUACAAAGUGAUUGGUGGUUUUGAUGGGACUGCUCAUGUGACUGUUUUGUUGGACAGGACUGAUGAUCGGGCCUUAAGACAUCGUCUGCUGCUGCUAUUGAAGGUUUUGAUGAAGGUUCUUCCUAAUGUUGAAGCAUGCGUGUUGGUAGGGGGUUGUGUGUUGGCUGUGGAUCUUCUAACUGUAGCCCAUGAAGCAUCUGAAAGGAUAGCGAUUCCUUUACAAUCAAAUCUAUUAGCAGCUACUGCUUUUAUGGAACCCCUUAAGGAGUGGCUGUAUAUUGGCAAGGAUGGUGUGCAAGUGGGACCCAUGGAGAAAGAUGCAAUAAGGAGGGCUUGGUCGAAAAAGAAUAUUGAUUGGACUUCCAAGUGUUGGGCAUCAAGCAUGACAGAUUGGAAGAGAUUGAGAGACAUCCGCGAGCUGCGAUGGGCAUUGGCACUACGUCUUCCAGUUCUUACGCCAACACAGGUAGGGGAGGCUGCAUUGUCAAUUCUACACAGCAUGGUCUCUGCACACUCUGAUCUGGAUGAUGCUGGAGAAAUUGUAACUCCAACUCCUCGAGUGAAAAGGAUUUUGUCAAGUGCUCGUUGUCUUCCUCAUGUUGCACAGUCUAUUCUUUCUGGUGAACCAAGUAUCGUUGAUGGGGCAGCUGCUUUGCUUAAGUCCAUUGUAACUCGGAACCCAAAAGCUAUGAUGCGGCUGUAUAGUACUGGCGUCUUUUACUUUGCUCUAUCAUAUCCUGGUUCCAAUCUCCUUUCUAUUGCACAACUAUUUGCCGUUACACAUGUGCAUCAAGCUUUCCAUGGUGGUGAGGAGGCUGCAGUUUCAUCAUCACUACCUCUAGCAAAACGAAGCGUUCUUGGUGGACUCUUGCCUGAAUCAUUGUUAUAUGUUCUUGACCGAAGUGGACCAGCUGCAUUUGCAGCAGCAAUGGUAUCUGAUUCUGACACUCCAGAGAUUAUCUGGACGCACAAGAUGAGGGCAGAGCAUUUGAUUCGUCAAGUCUUACAACAUCUUGGUGAUUUUCCACAAAAGCUUUCACAGCAUUGUCAUGCAUUAUAUGACUAUGCUCCUAUGCCACCAGUGACAUACCCAGAGCUACGGGAUGAAAUGUGGUGCCAUCGCUAUUACCUUCGCAACCUGUGUGAUGAGAUACGUUUUCCAAAUUGGCCAAUUGUUGAGCAUGUAGAGUUUUUGCAGUCCUUGUUGGUGAUGUGGCGUGAAGAAUUGACUCGGCGGCCCAUGGAUCUGUCAGAGGAGGAAGCUUGCAAAAUCCUGGAGAUUCCUUUAGAUAGUGAUAUGUCAAGUGGCAGCACUGAUAAUCAUAUCCAGGAAACAGAAAGUGAUAUAUACAACAAAUCUAAGCAAAUAGAGAACAUUGAUGAAGAGUGUCUUAAGCGCCAAUAUCGGAAACUUGCCAUGCGAUAUCAUCCUGACAAAAAUCCUGAAGGGAGGGAAAAAUUUCUCGCUGUGCAGAAGGCUUAUGAGCGUCUUCAGGCUACCAUGCAAGGACUGCAAGGACCUCAACUUUGGAGGCUUCUGUUGUUGCUGAAGGGACAAUGCAUUUUAUAUAGGCGAUAUGGUGAUGUCCUGGAACCAUUUAAAUAUGCUGGAUAUCCAAUGCUGCUGAAUGCCGUUACUGUAGACAAGGAUGACAGCAAUUUUCUUUCCUCUGAAAGAGUUCCUCUCCUUGUUGCUGCAUCUGAGCUUAUAUGGUUGACGUGCGCAUCAUCUUCAUUAAAUGGUGAGGAGCUUGUGAGGGAUGGUGGAAUACCUCUUCUUGCAACCCUUCUUUCUCGCUGCAUGUGUGUUGUUCAGCCUACUACUUCUGCUAGUGAACCAUCUGCUGUAAUUGUUGCAAAUGUGAUGCGCACAUUUUCUGUUUUAAGUCAGUUUGAGAGUGCCAGAUCUGAAAUACUGAAUUUUGGCGGAUUGGUUGAGGAUAUUGUGCAUUGUACAGAGCUGGAACUUGUACCAGCAGCUGUUGAUGCUGCUCUUCAAACGGCUGCUCAUGUUUCAGUUUCAUCUGAACUGCAAGAGGCUUUGUUAAAGGCUGGUGUACUUUGGUAUGUGUUUCCAUUGCUACUUCAGUAUGACUCUACUGCUGAAGAAACUGAUGUAACCGAAGCACAUGGAGUUGGCACUAGUGUGCAAGCAGCAAAAAAUAUGCAUGCAGUUCGUGCAGCUGAAGCCUUAUCAAGGCUGAGUGGAUAUUGUGGGGAUAGCGGCAGUACACCACUUAAUAGACCAGCAGCAGCUGUAAUUAAAGCAUUGCUGACUCCAAAACUUGCGGAUAUGCUUAAGAGCCCGUCUCCAAGAGAUCUUCUGUCAAACUUGAAUGCAAAUUUGGAGUCGCCUGAGAUUAUCUGGAAUUCAUCUACACGAUCAGAAUUGCUAAAGUUUGUGGAUCAGCAGCGGGGAAGUCAGGGUCCUGAUGGUUCAUAUGAUUUGUUAGAAGCUCAGGCUUUUUCCUAUGAAGCACUAUCUAAAGAGCUUCAUAUUGGCAAUGUAUACUUAAGAGUGUAUAAUGAACAGCCAGAUUUUGAUAUAAGUGAGCCAGACAAUUUUUGUGUUGCUCUCCUUGAUUUUAUAUCAACAUUGGUGCACAAUAAAACUGCUACUGUAGAAUCAGAAGAUAAGGGGCACAAUAUAAAAGAUUUGGUCACCGAGUCGCCUAAAUCUGGUUCAAAUGCUGUAACAUUACCGAAUGAGGAACAAGAAAUUCAUGUUGGCUCUUCUGUAGCCUCUGACGGGGAGCUGGAAGGUAAAGAGGAGUCAGAAGUUGUUAGGCAUCUUCACAUUGGGUUGACAUCCCUUCAGAAUUUGCUGACAAGUAAUCCUCAGCUUGCUGCAACAUUUUCUACCAAAGAACAGCUCGUUCCUCUUUUUAAGUGUUUCUCUGUGCCUGUGGCUUCUGAAAGCAAGAUUCCUCAGCUUUGUCUCAGUGUGCUAUCACAGUUAACUGCAUAUGCUCCUUGUGUUGAGGCUAUGGUUGCAGAUCGUGCAAGUGUAUUGCUUUUGUUGCAAAUGCUGCAUGGUUCCCGCAGUUGCAGAGAAGCAGCUCUUCAUGUGUUAUAUGCAUUGGCAAGCACACCUGAGCUUGCAUGGGUUGCAGCCAAACAUGGUGGCGUUGUUUACAUUCUAGAACUUCUUUUGCCUUUGCAAGAGGAAAUCCCUCUGCAGCAAAGGGCAGCAUGUGCAUCCUUACUGGGAAAGCUUGUCAGCCAACCAAUGCAUGGGCCACGAGUAGCAAUAACUCUGGCAAGGUUCCUGCCAGAUGGUUUAGUAUCUGCAAUAAGAGAUGGACCUGGUGAAAUGGUUGUCACUGCUCUUGAACAGACAACAGAGACACCAGAACUUGUUUGGACACCUGCAAUGGCAGCAUCAUUAGCUGCUCAGAUUUCAACCAUGGCAGCUGAUUUAUAUCGUGAGCAGAUGAAAGGCCGUGUUGUUGACUGGGAUGUUCCUGAACAAGCUUCUGCUCAACAGGAGAUGAGGGAUGAACCACAGGUUGGUGGAAUAUAUGUAAGAUUAUUCUUGAAGGACCCUAAGUUUCCAUUAAGAAAUCCAAAGAGAUUCUUAGAAGGAUUGUUAGAUCAGUAUGUAUCAUCCAUUGCUGCAACACAUUAUGACAUGCAAGCUGUUGAUUCUGAGUUGCCGUUACUUCUAUCCGCUGCAUUGGUGUCCUUACUACGUGUGCACCCUGCUCUUGCUGACCAUGUUGGAUAUCUGGGAUACGUUCCCAAGCUUGUUGCAGCAAUGGCAUAUGAAGGAAGACGAGAGACAAUGGCAUCUGCUGAAAUGCAAAAUGAGAAUCAUGUCCAAUCUGAUGGGUUUUGUGCAUCUGAAGAUGAACAAAAGCAAGCUAGUACACAGACGCCGCAGGAGCGUGUGCGUCUCAGUUGUUUACGGGUUUUACACCAACUUGCAGCCAGCACAGCUUGCGCUGAAGCGAUGGCGGCCACAAGUGUGGGAAGUCCCCAGGUUGUUCCCUUGUUGAUGAAAGCAAUUGGGUGGCCCGGUGGUAGCAUACUUGCACUAGAAACCUUAAAACGAGUUGUCGUUGCAGGAAACAGGGCAAGGGAUGCGCUUGUUGCACAAGGAUUAAAUGGAUCAUGUAGAGUUGGCCUCGUUGAAGUUCUUCUUGGGCUGUUGGAUUGGAGGGCUGGAGGUACACAUGGUCUUUGUGCUCAAAUGAAAUGGAACGAGUCAGAAGCUUCUGUUGGGCGAGUUCUUGCUGUUGAGGUAUUACAUGCAUUUGCAACAGAAGGAGCCCAUUGUACAAAAGUUCGUGACAUAUUGAAUGCUUCAGAGGUUUGGACUGCAUACAAGGAUCAGAGGCAUGACCUUUUCCUUCCUUCAAAUGCCCAAUCAUCUGCUGCUGGCGUUGCGGGACUCAUAGAGAGCUCAUCAUCAAGGAUCACUUAUGCUUUGACCGCACCACCUGCACAGCCCAAUCUCAAUCGACUGCCGGCUGCUGUUCCUGAGUCUACUGACAGGCACGAUCAAUUUUCGUGAGACCGAGUGACCAGACAAAUAUAAUUCGUUGAGUUGGGGAGUGAUAGGCGUGGAUGAGAAAUAUACAUUGUACAAUCUAUUGUACAGUUCCGAGUUUUCUUUUCCUCUUUGAUUGUAUUAUAUUUGGUGUUUAGCUAUUCCACGGGUGGAAAUUUUCAGAGUUCAUUCCUGUAUCAUCCAUUUUGUAUUAUAGAUGCUUAUUCUUUGUAAUAAGUGAGGUUGAUAUAUUUUGUUAAUAUACAGCUAAAGUUUCUUUUCCUUCUUUAAA